ACAUCAAACAUAAACCAAUUUCCUCCCUAUUUUUUUUUCUUUUUGCAUUAUUAAAAAAACAUGUUGAUGAAUAACUCAUUCCUCUUCAUUCUUGUUGCUUUUUUAAUAAUAUUUCCACAUGAAUUUAGCAAGCCUACUAGAGCUUUUUCGAAUUAUAAUUUUGUUUAUACAGAUGGAACUCAUUUUGCAUUAAAUGGAAAGUCACUUUAUAUAAAUGGUUUUAAUGCUUAUUGGUUAAUGUAUAUGGCUUAUGAUCCAUCAACAAGAAAUAAAGUUACAAAUACAUUCCAACAAGCUUCUAAAUAUAAAAUGAAUGUUGCUAGAACUUGGGCAUUUUCUGAUGGUGGUUCUAGACCUUUACAAUCUGCACCUGGUGUUUACAACGAACAAAUGUUUCAAGGAUUGGAUUUUGUGAUAUCAGAAGCAAAAAAAUAUGGAAUUCACUUAAUUCUUUCAUUAGUUAAUAAUUGGGAUGCUUUUGGUGGAAAGAAACAAUAUGUAGAAUGGGCAGUGCAAAGAGGGCAGAAAUUAACAAGUGAUGAUGAUUUCUUCACUAAUCCUAUGGUCAAAGGAUUCUACAAAAAUAAUGUCAAGGUUGUGCUUACAAGAGUGAAUACAAUAACCAAAGUGGCAUAUAAAGAUGAUCCAACAAUUCUUUCAUGGGAAUUAAUAAAUGAGCCUCGAUGCCCAUCUGACCUCUCUGGGAAAACAUUUCAGAACUGGAUUAUAGAAAUGGCGGGAUAUUUGAAAUCAAUAGAUUCAAAUCAUCUCUUGGAGAUUGGACUUGAAGGAUUUUAUGGGAAUAACAUGAGACAAUACAAUCCUAAUUCUUACAUUUUUGGGACUAAUUUUAUCUCCAACAAUCAAGUUCAAGGAAUUGAUUUUACCACAAUUCAUAUGUACCCUGAUCAAUGGUUACCAGGUUUAACUCAAGAGGCCCAAGACAAAUGGGCUUCACAAUGGAUCCAAGUCCAUAUAGAUGACUCCAAAUGGUUGAAAAAGCCCUUAUUAAUUGCAGAAUUUGGCAAGUCUUCAAAUACCCCAGGGUAUACUGUUGCAUUGAGGGAUAGUUAUUUUGGAAAAAUAUAUGGAACCAUUUUUAAUUGUGCUAAAAGUGGAGGCCCAUGUGGUGGUGGGCUUUUUUGGCAAAUAUUGGGCCAAGGAAUGGCAAGUUUUGAUGAUGGUUAUCAAGUGGUCUUGCAAGAGAGCCCAUCAACUGAUAGAGUUAUACUCUUACAAUCUCUUAGGCUCUCUAAGCUAUCAUAGAAACAAAAUAGAUCAAGGAUAUAGUAGUAUUUUAAAGAUCUAUGAAAGUUGUUUGUGUUGGUAUAUACUAUCAAUAAUUUGGUUGAGUUAUAGUAUUGGUUUUAAUUCUGUAUAAAGACUAUGUAUAUAUGUUAUAUAUUAUAAUAAAGUCUUUGUUUGAAUA